AUGUCCAAGCUCGUGACCUUCGCGGAGCUCAAGCAGCACAAGACCAAGGACAGCAUCUACAUCCUUAUCCAUGAGAAGGUGUACGAUGUCACCAAGUUCAUUGACGAGCACCCGGGAGGCGACGAGGUCAUUCUCGCGGAAGCCGCCCGUGACGCGACGGAGGCCUUUGAGGAUGUGGGCCACUCGGAUGAGGCACGCGCCCUCCUGAAGGACAUGCUGGUUGGAGAUUUCGAGAAGACUGACGAGCUCAAGACGAAGCCCGCGUCGACUUCGUUCUCGCACAACUCCACAGUCAACUCGGCCGUGCAGCAGGGCUCGAACAUGAUGUACUUCGUUCCCCUCGCGGUGUUGGGUGCCUACUUCGCAUGGCGCUACUACUCGAACGGCUCGCUAUAA